UGGAUUGGAUAUUGUGUCUGACUGGGACACAUACAGUUUGCGAUUUGAUAAACCGCUGGGCUGUCACUCAGGGCAGCUGUGUGUAAACAGAAAUCGAAGAGUCUCGCCAGACACAGCCAGGAGAGGGAGAACAGGCAGUGACAGCUCCUGGUCUCUCACACAGUGUGUGUGGAUACUGCAAUGUAGAUACCACUCCUUACCUCAAGCUAAACACUUUGCUCGAGAUUUUUUUCCCAGGACAAACUCAGAGAGAGAGACAGAGAGGAGAUUGUGCACAUCAUACAAAUGGAGGUGUUGGAGAGUCCAAAGCCUGUGAGGGGGAGAUACCAAAGGACGUUGCUGAAAGGGACCCUCCUGGUGUUUGUAGCAGCAACCCUGGUUCUGAGUAUUGUGCUGGCUCUCGUUGGGAGUCGAGUGAUCAAGCUGCAGUUUGAGGAACACUGCCUCAGCUCUGAGUGUACCGAGGCCGCUGUUCACAUCCUCAAGAAAAUCAACUGGUCAGCAGAUCCGUGUGAGAACUUCUUUGAGUUUGCCUGUGGGCAGUGGAUAAAGGAGACACCGAUCCCCGAAGACUACUCGAGCUACGGGACAUACUCGUGGGUUCGGCAAAGCGUCAAUGUCAAGUUGCGAGAGCUGUUGGAAGCCCCAAUUGAUGAAGAAAAGGACGUUGAAGUGGUGCAGAAGACAAAGCUACUUUAUCAGUCAUGCAUGAACGAGAGCGCUAUUGAGCUGGAGGAUGCCAGACCUUUGCUGAAGUUUCUGAAGCAGCCAUAUUUACGCUGGCCAGUGCUGGAGGCCAACAAUGGGCCUGAGGGAACGUGGAGAGAGGAGGACUUUAACCUACUGGAGAUGUUAGCUUUCCUCCGUGGAAAAUUCAGCAGCAAUAUCUUCAUUCAAUUCUUUGUUGCAACUGAUGACAAAAACUCCAACGAGCACAUCUUCAAGCUGGACCAAGCAUCGGUGUUUCUACCGUCUGAGGAAGACUAUCUGACUAACAGCACUGAGGCAGAAAAGUCUCGGCGUGCCCUGCUGCAGCUGAUGAUUGAUAUCGCAGUCCUCCUCGGAGCUAAUAGAACCACAGCUCAGAUUGACAUGCAAUCCGUCCUGGAGUUUGAGACCAAGGUCGCAAAGAUUCUGAUUCCACACAGUAACAGGACCAGUGAGGCUCUCUACAAUAAACUUAGUGUGCUCAAGUUACAAGAAACCGUCCCACAGUUUGAUUGGCUGCGUUAUAUGAAGCUGGUCAUCGAUACCGAUCUUUACCCCGAACUUUCACACAUCAACAUGUCAGAAGAGGUCAUAGUAUAUGUGCCGCAAUACUUCAAGGACUUGUUCCAGCUGCUAGACUCAGUGGAUAACAGAACAAUUGCCAACUACGUUGUCUGGAGGAUUGUGUACCGGAGGCUCACUAACCUCAGUCAACGCUUCCUGUCCCGCCGUCUGGAAUUUCUAAAGGUGAUGACAGGGGCGACAUCGCUGUCUCCACGUUGGGACAAGUGUGUGGACUUUGUGGAGUAUGUUCUACCUGACGCCGUUGGCAGGAUGUUUGUAGAAACACAUUUUCAGGAGGACAAGAAACAGCUGACUGAAGAUUUGGUUGCUGGUAUUCGCUGGGCAUUUGUGGACAUGCUGGAGAAAGAAAAUGACUGGAUGGAUCCGGAAACCAAGACCAAAGCUAAAGAGAAGGCACAUGGAGUUCUUGCCAAAAUAGGAUAUCCUGACUUCAUACUGAAUGAUACCAUCAUCAACGCCAACUUCAGAAAUCUGACUGUCUCUCACACCAACUACUUUGACAACGUCCUGCAGUCCCUUCACUUCUUCGCUCAGACAGGUUUCUCCUACUUAAGGAGCCGUGUUUCAAAGACAGAAUGGUACACUAGUCCCACCACAGUUAAUGCCUUCUACUCUCCAACAACUAACCAGAUCCAAUUCCCAGCAGGAGAGCUUCAGAAGCCAUUUUUCUGGGGAGAAAAGUAUCCGAUGUCCAUCAGUUAUGGUGCGAUCGGAGUCAUUGUUGGACAUGAGUUUUCACAUGCAUUUGAUGACAAUGGUCGAAAAUAUGACAAAAAUGGAAAUUUACAUCAGUGGUGGAGCAACGCAUCCAUUUCAAAUUUCAAUGACAAGACUGAAUGUAUGAUUAAACAGUACGAUGAUUACUACUGGCCAAUAGCUGGCUUGCAGGUAAAUGGGCAGAGAACUCUGGGAGAGAACAUUGCUGACAACGCUGGGCUACGCCAGGCUUUCAGGGCCUACAGAAAAUGGAUACGAGAGGAAAGAGGAGACAAGGAGGAGCCACUACUGCCAGGUCUACAACUCAGUAACAACCAGCUCUUCUUUUUAAGUUACGCUCAUGUUCGGUGCAAUGCUUAUCGACCGGCAGCCGCUAGGAAUAAAAUUCUGAAUGGCGCUCACAGUCCCUCUGAGUUCAGGGUCAUGGGGGCAAUGAGUAACUUUGAAGAAUUCAGCAAAGCCUAUAACUGUCCCACGACAUCAGCUAUGAAUCGAGGAGAGAAAUCUUGUCGAGUGUGGUAGGGACUGCUCGGGGGUGUUGCGUAUAUCACACUAACUUUGGAUUCACAUAUUGCUUGUUAACAUCCGAUGUAAGGAAGUGGGCACCAAGUCUGCAUUUCUGAGAAAUUCUUCAUUUUCAUUUAUUUAUAUUUACAUUGGAACCCACGUUGGCCAACCGUCAGUUCCUCGCUAUUCCAGCCUCCCUUUUUUUUUUAUUAUUGUUUUCCAGGGUUUUGGAAAACAGCUGAUUUUUCAUAGCUUGAACUGCCUCAGGCCAUUUACAGGUCAUCAGUGGGCCUUUAACCACCACCCUUUGCCUUUCAAUGGUGUUACCAUCAAGGAAACUCCACCCUCAUACUGUGAGUAUCCCAGAACAGCCCUAUAAACACAGGCUACGAGAGCAGGUCAAAGACUGGGAAUCCUGCAACAAAUAACUCACCUCCUGUCCAUGGUAUAAGUGCAGAAUGGAUUGGAGUAGUCCCUACUUGAAUUCAGCAACAAUGUCCAAGGCUGAGAAACCCACUUGACUGACACCCUUAAACAAACAAAACUCCCUCCGCCACCAGUACAAUGGCAGCAUUGUGUACCAUCUACAAGAUGCACUCCAGAAAUUCACCUUCAUUGAAAUUCUUUCAACAGCACCUUCAGAAUCGUGAUCUCUACCACAGCCAGAAGGACAAAAGCAGACAUAGGAGAACACCACUACUUGCAAGCUCCUCUCCAGCCACAACCCACCCUGACUUGGAAGUAUAAUCAUCAUUUGUUCACUAUCUCAGGCAAAAUUCUGGAUCUUGGUUCUUAACAGCUCUGUGGUCGUAUCAACGCCCCCUCAUCCAAACCACUAAGUGGUUCAAGAGGUCAGUUCACCACCACCUUGAGGGCAAUAGGGAUAGACAAUAAGUUCUGGCCCAGCCAGAAAAGCCCAUAUCCCACGAAGAAUAAAAGUCACGAGCAGUGGAUUGUGGUGCAGUUUUCCAUAUCCUACACCGAAGGAGUAACAAGAUGUUUACAAACACUUGUAACUACAUUGAGAGGCUUCUUGUGCUUAACUGUCUGCAUUGCAAACCCUGUAAUGCGGAAAUGUGUUCCUCCUCUAGAACCUUUCCUUUUGUGUACACCGAAGAGAUGCUGGGUGUUUCUUACCAGAGUCGGAAACAGAGAAUUAAGUUCCUUUUUAGUCUAACCCAACAACAUACCUCCAAGUCAUCCAAUGAACUAAAAAAGCUACAAAACUGGAGCAGAGUUAAUGUGUUGGCUUCAGUAGGAUUUCCUUGGGACUCACCCCAGAAGCACUGAGACUGACAACUUGUGAAGAGCUCCAUGGUUGCCUUGGAGCUGUCUUCAAAGCUCCCAGGACUCACUGUAGCUGGUGGAUAUUUAUGUCUGAGCGGAGAAAGAGAGGCUCCAUUUGUCACCUGUUGCAAUGUAACACCCCAUUCCUCUGAAAUGUGAUCACUUUUGCGCAGAAGCUCUCUCCCGUUGUGCGGCAUGGCCUUUAAAUAGCCACCUGAUGACUGGCUAACGCAGGGAGAGGGGUCAUGUUCUGGCCCUAGAAUGUGCCUCAUCAUGUUACACAGUCAGAUUUACUUGGCACCACCUUCUGCGUUUCUGAAACACUCUGCAGUAUUUUGUAUGGCUAGCCAACAACCACGGACACCGAAACAGACAUCGGGAACCGAAUAGUUAAAUAUUUUGACCCUAAUAUUGCGGAUAUUCUCAUAGGAGGGGGGCCUCUCACUGUCUUUGACCAAAUGCAAACAGCAGGAUCAAUUUUUAUAACUCUUAAAUGAGCUGUUGAGCCUUGAUUGAUGAGCACUGACUGGAGAAACAUACAGUACUGAUAGAUCUGCCAACAGCCAACAUUUUUAGACUGCUUAACGUGGCAGAACACAGACUAGCAAAGAGAGCAUCCAAAGCCUCUCAACUAUUGCUGCUCACCAGGGUUUAUUUGGUAACUUUAUGCAGCCUGUGCAAAACCCCAUUCCUAGCAAGUGGGUCAGGGCUAAGGCGAGAACUGGUCUCCCUUUUGGGUACAAGUUCCUGCCAGGAGGGUGAGGUUGAGGUUGAGGUUGAGGUUGAUAAACAUGCUUUGAAUUGACCACUAUUCAACAACGGCAAGUUAUGAAGUUGACAGCUAGGCCUGUCUGUGGUGGAUUCCAAAGGGAAGAAAUCUUUUGUUGAAAUGUGUAAUAAAUAAACAAUUUCUAUGACUGGGUUAAUGAAAGCCUGUCAAAAUGCCAAAGUGUUUUAUUUUUCACUUUAGAUUUGUACUGGAUUAUGUAGCACGUUCAUAGAUCAAAUAAAUCAUUUCAAAGACA